CUUGAUUCGCUGACACACGCAAGCAAAGAUUUUUCCCAAACAAUGAAUAUGAUAAAAGCAACUCAUGGCGUAAUUCAAAUGGGAAUAAUUACGAUAUUUACACGCUUUUCUCUCUUUACCAACCUCACCCUCCAGGGCCGUGACCCCCCAUCUACGUCUUUCUUUUCAACUUUCAAUAUUCUCGAGCCCAUUAACAAAGUAAUCAAGUAUUACGCCUGAGACGAAAGAUUCCCAGAGCGGUCGCCAACAAGAUGAUGGGUCUUGCGAUUUCGCAGAAGCCUGCAAGCGGGGGCUUCGAUCUCAUGCAGAACUGCGAUCUUCCUCCGCCAUCCAAGGUUUUCAAGGGCUCAGAUAAUACGGUGAUGCUCUCCAUGAACCAUAGGGCCCCUAACAUUUUGGUCAGACGAGAAUAUACCGGCGAAUUAGUCAAUAACGGUAAUGAUGGUGACGCGAAGGGCGAUGUCCUGGAGGUUAUGAAGGCGCUGCGAUCAUCGCAAACGCGGGCGAGAGAGGCAGAAAAGAAAUCUGCGAGUUUGAUCAGAGAGAGGGACUGUCUUUCCAAUGCUUUAAUGAAGGAGGCCAUGCAAAUAUACGCCUACCGGCAGCAGGUGAGAUUGCUUGAGUUUCAAGUUUCAAACCUGCAACGAAAAAUUUUUCUUGGAUUUGCCACAUCCGACGAAGAUGAAGGGUCCUCCAAGGAAGACGAUGAUGAAGAAGAAAGGGUGAGUCUGGUAUGGAUUCUGGCUUUGGCUCUUUCUUGGGGAAUUGGAGUGGGCACAGCAAUUGCUUGUAGAUACUUUUUGUGACUUGACAUAUCAAAAUCAUUUCAAAUAUACGAUUUUCCAGCUUUUAACUAUGCAAAUAUAAAGUCACUGAAAGAAUCGAGUUUAAAGGUGUAAUUCGUUAAAUUGAGGCAAGGAAUCUGCUUUAUUUUGAGCUGAACGUAAUUUGUGAUCCUGGUAUUUACAGCCAGAAAGGAAUUAUAUAAAA